GUCACAGCGGAGGCUCUCCGACAGGAUAAAAGGACGACAUCACAGAUCAUCACUCUGGAAGCUCCAGCUGGACGACCAGGAGACUCUCACAAGACUCUGAUCAUCACAACUUCCCCAGCUUUUCUCAUCAGGUUGGUGAAAUGGCCUCAAAUCAAAUGGAAGUUCCUGCCCUGGGUCGACCUUUCACCCUCGGAAUGCUCUAUGAUGCUCAAAGAGAUGAUCUGAUCAAAGGUUUGACGUUGUGGGAUGAUAAAAUACUACAAGGGAAGACGAUUAAAAGUUCUAAACCAAGCAAUAAAUUUGUCAUUACUGGAUCUGACUCCAUUGAAUUCAAGUCCUCUCUCCUGGAGGUUGAUGCUUCUCUGAAGGCCAGCUUCCUCUCCGGACUGAUUGAAGUGGAAGGAUCUGCUCAUUACCUGAAAGAUCAGAAAGAAUUCAAGAAUCAGAGCAGAGUGACUGGUCAGUACAAAUCUACAACCCGCUUGGAACAGUUGUCAAUAACUGACCUGAUAAACUUAGAAGACCAUCAAAAGGACGUUAUCAUCAAGAGCUCUGCAACACACAUAGUCACAGGCAUCCUUUAUGGGGCCAAUGCUUUCUUUGUGUUUGACAGUGAAAAGUUAGACAGCAGCAGCGUUGGAGACAUCCAGGGCAGCAUGGAAGCUGUGAUAAAAAAGAUCCCCUCACUCAGUGGUGAGGGCCCUCUUGACAUCAAGCUGACUCAGGAAGAAAAAGCCCUGAGUGCUUCAGUGUCCUGCAAAUUCUUUGGAGAUUUCACCCUUCAAAGCAUUCCUUUCACAUAUGAAGAAGCAGUGAAGACCUUUGGACAACUUCCACAGUUACUGGGGGAAAAUGGAGAGAAAGCUGUCCCAGUGAAGGUCUGGCUGAUGCCACUGACUAAAUUACAUAGAGAAGCUCCUGAGCUGAAGAGUGAGAUCAGCGUUGGACUGGUGGGGAAGAUGCAGGACACUCUUGAAGAUUUGGUGGAAAUCCAAAUGAGAAGCAACGAAUCUCAGCAAGACAAAGUGGUACAAAACUUUCCACAUUUUAAAGAAGAGUUAAUGACUUUCAAGAAAUUUUGUGACCGCUAUAGAUCAAACCUCCAGAGGACCAUGAAGGAGAAACUCCCCUCCAUCCGUGAAGGUAUAGAAGAUGAGAGCUCAUUGGAAAAAACCAUUGAUAACAGAAACGAGUCCCCAUUCAGUCAAGAAAAAUUACUCAAGUGGCUGAAUUAUAAGGAGAGAGAAAUCAACAUCAUCAGAUCCUGUGUGGAGACCAUGGAGGGAACAAAGAUCGUCAAAAAUCAGUCCGAGCUCGACAGAGAGGUACUUGCUGGAGAUGUAGACAAUACUUUGUGCUUUGUUUUCACCUCCACAAAACGAGGCAACACUAAUCUUGAUAUGAUGGCCACAUAUUUGGACACUCCUAUAAAGGGGAGCACCACUGAAGACGAGUGGUUCUACUCAGAGGAAGUCUGGACCUCUAUGAGAAAAAAAGCCAAAACCUUCCAAGACUUUAGCAAAGAAGAAAAGAAGAACAACCGGAUCCGUUUCCUUAUUGCAGUCAUUCCAAAUGAGAAAUACAAAGGAGCAACAAUCUACCAUUACAAGAAGGGCAUUCUGGUCAACGAAGAUUUCUCAGGACUUGGCCUUUAUCCUGAGAAGAUCACGGACAGAAGAGAUCUGAUUUUGUAUGCCUGUGAUCUCACCCUGGACCUAAACACUGUCCACAAUUACCUUGUUCUGUCUGAUGGAAACAAGAAGGUAACAAGUGGAUCAACAUGGCAGAAAUAUCCUGAUAACCCAGAGAGGUUUGAUAAAUACACUCAGGUGUUGUGCCGAGAGGGUUUAUCUGGGCGCCAUUACUGGGAGGUAGAGUGGGAUAAUGCUUCUGUUUCAAGACGUAUUUAUGUAGCUGCUGCAUACAAGACAAUCAAAAGAAAGGGAAAUGGUUACUGUUGCGAAUUUGGAAAUAAUAAAGAAUCGUGGGCUUUUGGCCAGUGGGCUACAAAUAUAAAACAUGCACUUCGUGCAUGGCACAAUGGAAAGGUGUGGGAAUCUUAUUUUCCCUCUGGUGGCUGCUCAACACUCGGUGUGUAUCUGGACUGGCCUGCAGGUCAUCUGUCCUUCUACAAAGUCUCCUCCAACACACUGACACACCUCUACACCUUUUACUCCACCUUCACUGAGCCCGUGUACCCAGGCUUCUGGGUUUACAAUACGGGCAACUACGCCUACCUGCGCCCUUUUUAAUUGGACCAAUGCUGGUGACUUGUUGUUGACUUCCAAAAUGUCCCUCUUGCGGGAUCAAUAAAGUAUCCAUCCAUCCAUCCAUC